AAGGGGGGGGUCGGAAAAGCCAAAACCUUCGUCGGGUCAGCGAUGGGCAAAUCCUGCGUGCGGCUGUGCGGCUUCGUGCUCAGCUGCCUGGGCUGGUUGGGCAUCGUCAUCGCCGCCACCACCAACGACUGGGUGAUCACGUGCAAGUACGCGCCGCACACCUGCAAGAUGAUGGAGCAGCUGGGGGUCAGGGGCCCCUGGGCCGAGUGCGUCGUCUUCACGGACCUGUACCAGUGCUCCACUUAUUUGCAGAUCCUCGACCUGCCCGUGUACAUCCAGACCACCCGAGCCCUGAUGGUGACGGCGUCCAUCUUGGGCCUGCUCGCCGUGGCCACCCUGCUCAUGUCCAUGCCGUGCAUCCGCCUGGGCGACGAGGCCCAAACUUCCAAGGACAAGCGCGCCGUCGCCGGCGGCUUGGUCAUGAUCGUCGUCGGACUGUGCGGGCUGGUGCCGACCGUCUGGUUCCCCCUGGGCGUGGAGCCCAGGGAAGACCUGCUGUCCUUCGGCUUCUCGCUGUACGCCGGCUGGGCGGGCGCCGUCUUGUCCCUUUUGGGCGGCGGCGUCCUCAGCUGCUCCUCGUCGCCGGGGUCGCCCCGCCCGUACCAGGACGCCAACCGCUUCUACUACUCCAAGACGGGCGGGAACAACGCGCCGGCCGCCGCCCCCGCCGCCAAAGCCCCCGCCUCCAACCACGCCAAGAGCGCCCACGUCUAACGCCGUCCGUCCGUCCCACUCCGUGUUGGACCUUUAAGUUUUCUGGAAGGUUCCAGGUUUUGGUUAGGGCGUGACCGGCGAGUAUGGCCUUUGGACUUCCUCUGAGAACCCCCCCCCUUGCCCCCCCCCUCAAUAAAAUUGGUCCGGAACCGCCACUGUCUGAAACCAAUGAACUAUGUUGAAGUGAAGAGCUUCAUUUAGCCAGUAGAACAUGUUUUGCUGCCAUCUUGGAGCAUCAACUGCAAAAAUUUUUUGCAUGGGCGUGAAUUAUUUGCAGCCCCCCCAUGAAAAUUGCAAGCAAUUAACACCACCCCAGAAUGUUUGAGAUUAUUAAUAAUUGAAAAUGUAAAUACACUCCUUUAUACAACCUAUUUUUCACAAUCAUGCGACCGCAAAACAUUAUCCUUAAAAACGAAUGAUACGCAUUUAUUAGAUAUGCCGCGAUAUUUGUGUACGGUACAUAAAGAUGACGUAGAUGAUGAUAUUCUUUUAUUAUUACCGCACAGUUUUUACCUUUUACUAGGUCAACUCGCUCAAAUGUGACUUUUCCAAGACUCUUUUUUUUUU